UCUCUCUCUCUCUCUCUCUCUCUCCUCUCACUCACCCACCCUCUCUUUUGCUCUCUCCCUUGCUUCCACGCACAUUCUCUCUUGCUGUCUCUGUCACACACACAUUGAAGCUGUGGAGCUCUGCACUGCACAUUAGAGAAGAUCUCAAUGGUGAACGGGUGUAUAAUGGAGCUUAUCUUCCUUGCUCUUCCUCUCCUCAUCUUCCUUGCUGAGAGUGGGGUAACAACUCCUGUAACCUCUGACCCUGAUGUGACCCCAACAAACCCCAUGGAUGCAUGUGAGGGACAACCAUGUCUGAAUCUAGGAGUGUGUACACCUGCAGAAGAAGAAGAGCUGAAGUACAUCUGCACAUGCAGUGCACAGUUCACCGGACACAACUGCCAGUACUUUGCUGACCCAUGCGCCAGUGACCCUUGUCUCCAUGGCAACUGCACGCAUGAAGGUGCAGAGUUUGUGUGUGUAUGCAGCGACGGGUAUGGAGGAGUCCGGUGUGAGCAGCCACCUUUAGCCUUUGACCUUAUUGAAUCCAGCUGGGACCUAGCAGCCACUCCAGCUACCACGACUCAACCAUCUCAGCCAAUCACAGAGCUCAGUGACACUGAAGCCCCACCCACUUUACAACCAUGGCAUCUAAAGCCUGGACAGAGAAUGAUCGAGGUCCUGUGGGAGGAGCUUCAGAUCACUGAUGGAUCAGAGUGUGUGAGCAUUGCGGGCACCGAGCCAGCUGGAAUGAUUACGGUUUCCAUGGAGAUUGCAGAGGGAACUGCAGUAAAGUUGGUACUGAACAUAAGUGGAGCUGCAGCAUUGUGGCGUGUUGGAGCUCUCGGGUUCGACCGGUGUUCAGUAUCUGAUGGCAUGGUCGUUUGGUUCCAGCAGGCCACCAAUGGCCUCGUAAUCUCUGAUCAGUUAUUGCCACUUGGACACAACUAUUUUAUCACUGUGCUGCGCAUUGGAGCCCCUUCUGGUCUGGAGGUCACUCUCAGAUUACACCUCACUGUAAAGUCUACUAGCUGCAUGGAGCCAGGCAGAAACUUCAGUGACCCACAGUGCACUGGGAGAGGGAAGUGCAUCACACAGUCUUCUGUGAGCACGUUUUAUUGCAAGUGUGAUGUCGGAUACUUUGGAAUCUUCUGCGAGGAAUUUGACGCAUGCUACACAAACCCAUGUGAAAACAAUGGGACCUGCAGUGACGUCACACAGAGACAUGAGGGGCAUGGCUACACUUGUACAUGUCCACCAGGGUUUGAAGGCCAGAACUGUCAGUCUUGGGUAAAUCACUGCGCCUCAGAACCCUGCAAAAAUGGAGCAACAUGUACAAACACUCUGAACGGCCCACAAUGCACCUGCGAAGAGGGUUAUAAAGGAAAUGUUUGUGAGGUCAGGGUUGAUCCAUGUGCUUCUGGUCCAUGCCACAAUAAUGGGACAUGUUAUCUGCAAGCUGGUGGACAAGGCUUCAGUUGCACCUGCCCUCCUGGUUUCACUGGACACACCUGCACUCAGCUUGUCGAUUUCUGCUCACUCAACCCUUGCGCACAUGGUGUAUGUCGCAAUGUCGGCACAAGCUAUAGGUGCCUGUGCGUGCCAGGUUAUCAUGGGUUGUACUGUGAGGAAGAGUAUAACGAGUGUCUCUCAGCUCCAUGCCUAAAUUUUGCUACAUGCCAAGAUCUGAUAAAUGGCUAUGAAUGUGUAUGUACCACGCAGUACACAGGGAGACAUUGUGAGAUUUAUAAAGACCCAUGCGUGAAAGUCCAGUGUCAGAAUGGCGGUCAGUGUGAAAGAAGACGGAGCAAUGCAACCUGCGUGUGUCCACCUGGAUACACAGGUGAGAACUGUGAGGUUGACAUUAAUGAGUGUGAGAGCAACCCAUGCCAUCAUGGUGGCACCUGCACGGACCAGUCAGAUGGCUUCAUCUGUCACUGCCCACCUGGCUGGGUGGGUGGGGCCUGUGAGAUCCAUCUGCAGUGGAAGGCAUCUCGUACAGUUGAUUCUCUCCCUAGCGUGCCACGUCACUCUCUCUACAUCAUCAUCGGUGCACUGUGUGUAGCCUUUGUACUCAUGCUCAUCAUCCUCAUUGUUGGAAUCUGCCGCAUCAGCCGUAUUGAGUAUCAGGCAUCGUCUCGUCAUGCCUAUCAGGAGUUUUAUAACUGCCGCAGCAUCGACAGUGACUUCAGCAAUGCCAUCGCCUCCAUACGCCAUGCCCGGUUUGGGAAGAAAUCCCGUCCAGCCAUGUAUGAUGCCACCCCUAUCAACUAUGAAGACUACAGUCCAGAUGACAAACCACUUGUCACACUUAUCAAAACAAAAGAUCUGUAAAGCACCCCCACACACACACACAAACACGCACACACAUUUAGUCUUUCAACAUUAGCUAAUGCUGACCAUUAAUUCUUAAUUCUAAUUAAUAAAGUUCUUAUUAAAAAUGUAACUAUAAAAGCUAAUAUUUAGAUCAACUUUGAUAUUGAAUAGAUCUAUUUUAACACUGAUGUGCAUAAUCAGCUAAAGAUUUGUGUUUUAUAGAUAUAUUUACCAGCAAAGGCAUUUCUUCUGUUUAAUUGCAGAAGGAAGAAAUACAAAAGAGCAUAUGUGUUCCUAGUUUGCACACUUCAGACGUAGUGUCCUUCAGUAAAGCGCUAGUACUGUAGGCUGUAAUUUUGGCUUUGUUCCAAACACAGUUAGUGUUCUUACUAGAACAAUUAAGGCUCCGUCCAAAAGCUAAAGCAGAUUCAAAUGAAACUUCAUUCAAUGUGAGAGAUAUGUUCAUCACUGAGAAAUAGCAGCUAGAAAAAUACCCCAUAAAAUUAGACAGGGUAACUGUCUGUUACAUAUUGCUAAAGAUCAUAUGUGUUUAUUGUUCCUGUCUGGCUUCAGCUGAGUCUGCAGAUUUCUGUGCAGCAUAUGAUAGCACAAAGUUAUAUCAGUGUAGUGAGCAUGCUGGUCCCCCUUCACAUGAUCCUGACAAAAGAACCCUAAAUAUAAAUGUUAUAAUGGUGAGCUAGCUGGCAGGUUUUGUUGUUAAUGUUACUACACUGUACACUGCCUUUUUAUGUAACCCUGUUUUAUAUAACAUUUCCUUUUACCAAAUGGAGGUAGUUAUUACUAACAGCUAAGCUAGCUAGUCGUUUAGUUAUUUAUACUUAGUUAUGUCAGUGAGGUAACUAUAUUCAAUAUAUUACAGAUAUUAGCUACCAAGCUAUUUAUGUUUAGAAUGAACAUCAGUGACAGUCCAUCGUUGUUACACUAGUUAAAUUGUAAAUGAAUACAAAUUUAGGUUCAGCACAGUUAGCUACCCAUAGCAAACUUAAUCUUUUAUUGAUUUAAAUAUAUCUUUCAGCAUCUCUGACAUCAGUCCACAUACAGUACAGUGUCUCAAAGUACUAUUUGUCUGUGUGACAGUAAACUCCUGGGCAAAUAAAAAAUGUGGAAAGCCCAAAAUGACAAUAUAAGCUUUAAAUAGUCUUAACAGCAAAUGUUCAGUCAAGAAAUUAGGAAGGAUUGAACAAAUAGAUAAAGUAACCUAGUAUUGGAAUGCUUUUCCCUUUUAUUUCUUUAAAUAUUUAGGGAAUGUGGGUCAACUUGUGGAGUGAUUUCUACAGAAAAAUUGUUCAUUGUUGUUCUAGUCAGUGUUAUUAAGCUUCAGCAAUAGUUGAUGAUUAAAAAAAAUUGACAUUUUACAUCAUCUUUAGCAUGAUUUUACAUUUGCAUACAAUAAGACUAUAUAAAUGAACUAAAUAGUGAACAGUUUGCUGAAAGAAAAAUAAAGAAAGUGGCAGACUUUUGAUUGGUAGGUUGGUACUACUGGGCCCCUUAGAGCAAAUCCCUAAAUCCUCAACUGCUUAAUUUGUAUUAGUUAGAUAUUUAAAGUAGCUCUGGAUGAGGGUGUCUUCCAAAUUCUGUCAGUGUAAAUGAACAAACGGUGGCUCAUGAGUUUAUUUGUUUAAUUCUUGCUUACAAUCAAAGUUCCAUAUUUUGCCUUAGUAAGCUUACGGGUUUUUUUUGGGCCAUGAAUGUACCCUAACAUUUAAAGGUAAUUUUAUUUAGGGCACUAGAUACUUCUAAUAAGAACACUUCUAUCAAACUUUUGGGACAAAGCUUUUGUGUAAGUGUAAGUAAAAAGAAUCUUUAGGUUGCCUUAAUCACUGCAUGGCUAGACUCAGCGGUUUCACAGUUAAAUAAUUUGUAAGCUAUUAAAUGUUUAUCUAUUUUAUCUCUUAGCUGGAGUCUUGUGCCCUCAUCCUGGUGGUAGAUGAGUGUUCAGUGCCACUGUAUCGUGAAUAACUGCUUUAAAACACUAACAUUCAUUUGCUUAAUUUUAUUGAAUUUAUGCACUAUAAUGAAUGAUGUAGCUAUGAUUUAGCUAUCGUGUCCAAAGUGAUACCCUACUCCCUAUUCUCUACAGAGUGCAUUAUGCAAAGUACAUUUUGUACCAGUAAGGAACAGUAACCAACUGAAGUGCACUAUGGGAUUUUGCUAGCGUAUUACAUAUUUUCAACUAAAUCCUUGCAUCUCACUAUGUAGUGAAUUUGGCAUGUUUGGACAUGUGGUUAGCUUUAGUACUGUUGAACAUUUUUUAUUCAAUAGUAGUAUUUGUUUUACUCUAUCCUUUCUGUACAUCAUGAAACUAAAAUUGAGAGCAGUAGUUUUGUGAUCUCUGAGUCAAUACCGGCAUGUUCUAUAGACUGAACUAUGGUGAGUACUGUGCAGUGUGAGGGCUUGGUGAUCAAGCUAAAAACUAUUAAAAAUGUGAUUUUUCUUCAUUAAAAAA